AUGUAAUCAGAUCAAAGUCAAUUUUCACAACAGUCAAAUGAGCUUUGUUAAAACGAACAAUAAGCUGAAGAAUUAUAUUAAGCAAGCCUUGUAAAAUUAAUCAUAUAUUAUAAUUAGAUUAAGCUCAAAUAGUAGAACAUUGAGGACGCCUUACAACUUAUAAACAAUUCUCUGAAACUCAUUCCUUUGAAUGCUAAAGCCUUAACAUUGAGAGGUAUCUAUUAAUUUUAUAACUUAAGGAGAGUUAUUGUUAAAAAAAAAUUUGAAUGAUCAAGCAUUAGAUGAUUUAAAUUAAGCUAUAUAAUUAGGGUCAUUGAAAGAAGAAACAUUUUAUCAUAGAGGUAAAGUGUAAUUUAAUAAAUAAUAGCAACUGGAUACUAUAGAAAGAAAAUGUUGAAAGAAUCAUUAGAAGAUUGUGAAAAAGCUAUACAAAUUAAUCCAAAUUAUGGAUUAGCAUACAUGAUGAUUGGUAAAGAAGUUUGAUAAUUUUAGGAAUAAUAAUGGUAGUAAUAGAAUAGUAUCUAGAAGCUUUGAAGUAUUAUAAUAAGGCAAUUGAAGUUGAUGAGAAAUGUAGUUAUGUAUAUUUCUAUAGAGGUAAUUUCAUGAAGUAUAUUGUAUAGGAGAUCUAUAUAACCAUAUGGGACUUACAGAUUAAGCUCUCUUAGAUUAUAAUAUGGCCAUUCAAAUCGAUCCUUAGAAUGCUGGAUUUUAUUUUAUUAGAGGUAAACAAUUUAUUUUAUCGAAUAGCAAAUCAAUUUGAUGUCAUGGGAAAUCAAGAAUAAGCACUCAUAGAUUAUAACAAGGCCCUUCAAUUAGAUCCCACUAAUGUUAAAAUCUACUGUAACAGAGGUAAUUAAUAAAUAUUUAUGAUUAGGAAUUCUUUAUAAAAAUAUUGGAAAUACAGAAUAGGCACUCCUUGAUUUUAAUAAAGCGAUUCAGUUAGAUCCUUUGAGCUCAAAAUUUUAUUACAACAGAGGUAAUUAAUAAUACAUUAUAAUGAAUAGGAGUUAUAUAUUAUGAAAUGGGAAAUUAAGAAUAGGCUCUCUUAGAUUAUGACAAAGCCAUUGAAUUAAAUCCUAUGGAUUCUAAAAUUUAUCAUAACAGAGGUAAUGAAUAAAUAGUAUAAAAAGGAAUUCUUUAUGAUGCCAUAGGAGAUAAAUCAUAAGCACUCAUAAAUUAUAAUUAGGCUAUUCAAUUGGAUCCUAUGAAUGCUAAAAUUUAUUAUAAUAGAGGUAAUAUAGAUAUGAUAUCGAACAGGUGUUUUAUUAAAUGAUAUGGGAAAUACUCAAUAGGCAUUUGAGGAUUAUAACAAAGUUCUUUAAUUAAAUCCUAAAGAUGUGAAAACAUAUUGUAACAGAGGCAAUAAAUCAAUAAUAUUUAAUAGGAAUUUUAUAUAAAAAUAUGGGAAAUAAAGAAGAGGCACUGAUUGAUUAUAACAAUGCGAUUCAAUUAGAUCCAUUGGAUGCUAUAACUUAUAUUAACAGAGGUAUCUUUUGAUAUUAUAUAAUAGGAAUUCUAUAUAAAGACAUAGGAAACAAAGAUUAGGCACUAAUUGAUUUAAAUAAAUCCAUUGAAUUAGACCCUAAAAAUGAUUUAGCUUAUAUUAACAGAGGUAACAAUACUGUAUAUUUGAGUAGGAUUAUUAUAUGAUGAAAUGGGAAAUAAAGAAUAAGCACUUAUAGAUUAUAACAAUGCCAUUUAAUUAAAUCCAGUAAAUGCUAAAUAUUUUUAUAAAAGAGGUGCUCAAUAUAUUUUAUUUUGAAUAGGAGUACUCUAAGAUUGUUAGGGAAAUAAAGAAUAGGCACUCCUAGAUUAUACAAAGUGCAUUUAAUUGGAUCCUUAGUAUGCUCCUGCCUAUAUGAGCAGAGGUAAUAAAGAUGCUAUCUUAAUAGGAUCAAGAUAUUUCGAAAUGGGGAUUAAAGAAUAAGCCCUUGAGGAUUUUAGCAUGGCCAUUAAGUUAAACUCUAAGGACGCUGAGUCUUAUUAUAAUAGAGGUUAUAUACAUAGUAACCUGAUUAGGAGUCUUAUGGAAUUUGAUGGGAAAUAAUGAAUAAGCUAUCCAUGAUUUCAGUAUGGCCAUAUAAUUGAAUCCUAAUGAUCUUAAAUCUUAUUGUAACAGAGGUAAUAAAUAGAAAUUAUAAAAUAGGAGUACUAUAUAUUAACAGCAAUUAAUACGACUUAGGGCUUUCUGAUUAUCUUAAUGCAAAUGAUCUAUAACCAGAUAAUCCCUUUAUACUGUCAGUUUUAGAAUAACUUAACUCUUUGAAAUAAAAUUAAAAAUAAUCAAAUAUUGAACUUGAUUCAAAAGAAACUUCACAGAUAGAUACUAAAUAGAACUAAUAUGAAGGAACUGUGUAAUAAAAUCAAGAAUAAAUCAAAGAGAUUUAAGAAAUUUAAAUGGAUAUAAAUUCAUUAAAAUUAUAAAUGUUAUCAUUAUCACAACCCUAAUUAGACAAAUCAAUUUUAGAUAAUGUUUAAGAAAGUUUAAGUAAGAUUGAAAAAGAGCAAUAAAUAUUAAUAAAUCCAUUAUAAGAUUAGCCAGAACUGUUAGAUAAGUAGCAAUAAUUAGAAAAGGUUAAAUGGAUUUAAGAAAAUAUAUAAUAACUCAAGCAAUUAUUAUCUUCACUAAAAUAACAGGUAUCUUAAUAAAAUAAAUAAACUUCUGAAUUAGAAUAACCAGAUUAAAGUUUAGCAUAAGAUGACAGUUUUUAAAUCGAUUUAUCAAUUUCUCAACCUUAAGAAUUUGAAAAACAUCAACAUAUUUAUUAUUAAGCAAUCCUUCAACAAUUAUAUUAUUAUUUGUUGGCAAUGUAAUAGAUAUAUUAAGUGAAUACAAUUAAGAAUAGAUCAGAAAAAGUUUUAGAUAUAGUUCAAAAGGUUUAUAAAGAUAGAUCAAUUUAAGAAGGAAAUAGAUCAAUAAAUAUAUAAGCAUUUGAACUUAUCAAUUUAGCCCUUGACAAUGCAAAUAACUAAAAAUGCGAAAAUAAAUUUGAGGUUAGGGUGAGUAAAUUAAACAGCAUCUUAAAUUAUUUUAAUAUUAUUAGCUCCUUAGAUUUAGAGAAAGAAUUAAAAAUAGCAUCCAUUGAACUUACAAAGUAACAAUAUAAUGGUUUGGAUUCGAAGCAUGAUCAAUAAUUCAAUGAUUUUGUAGAAAAGCUAUGCCAAACACAAAAUUAAUAAAAAGAAAAUAUAAUGCAUUAAAAAAAUGGAACAAUAGAUGCAUUAGUUAUUUUAAAAUAUUUAGAGGAUUAUUCAUCAAAUAUAAUAGAAACUUAAAACAAAAAGUUGAGAGAAAUAUUUUUAAAAGCUGUACAAAAGAACCAAAUCUAAGAUAAAGUAUAAUUGUAAAAUUAAUGA